AUGAUGGCUUAAUUAUAACAGAAAUUAUUAGAAAUAAUCGAAAAUCUCAUUAACAAUCCAAUAUCACUAGAAUUCGUGGAUCCCUAUGAUGACGAAGAUUAUAACAAAGUCAUUUUCAACAAAAUGGAUUUAACAACAAUAAAAAAAAAGCUCGAGUCAAAUAAAUACUUGAAUCAUACUGAAUUCUUUAAGGAUCUAGAUUUAGUCUGGAAGAAUUGCUAGUUAUAUAACCAAAAGGGAUCUAUAAUUUUUAAAUAAUCAAUGUAUUUGGAAUAACAAUGCAAAAGUUUAUAGAAGGUCAUUGAAGAUGAUUUCAAUUUAGGCAAGAAAAAAAAAAGGCAAAAUUAAGAAAGACCGCCCAUAUAAUAAUAAUCUUUUGAUUUUAGAUAAAAAAAUAAACCUAGUAAUGAAGCUUCCCGCCUUAAGUUUUGCCAUUCGAUAAAAAAUUUAGAAUAAGAACAAUUAAUAAAAAUAGUAAACUAUUUAGCUGAAUUUCAACCAGAAUGUCUUUCUCGAGAAGAAGAUAAAUUAGUUAUUGAUGUAAAAAAACUAGAUUCCAAAGCAUGUGAACAAAUAAAUUUGCUUUGA